GAUAGAAUUAGCGAGCAAGUUUCUAAAAAAACAAAAAAGAUGGCAUCCGAACAAGUGGUAGUAGUAAUGGUCCCGUUUUUAGCACAAGGCCAUCUAAACCAACUCCUUAACCUCUCUCGCCUCAUCUCCGCAUAUAAUAUCCCAAUCCACUUCAUUAGCACUGAAACCUACAUCCGCCAGGCUCGUAAACGUCUCCACGGCUGGAACCCGAACAACCAUAUUCGGUUCCAUGAAGUCCAAGACCCUGAACUCACUUCACCACCACCUGACCCAAAUGCUAAAUCUCAUUUCCCUACACACCUCCAGGUUAUCUUUAACUCCACACUUCAACUUCGCCAUCCUGUAGCUGACCUCAUCCGCUCUCUUUCGCGAAAUUCGCAACGAGUAGCCGUGGUUCAUGACACUCUCAUGACUUAUGUCGUCCAAGAUGUGAAAGAAAUGGACAAGAAUGUUCAAACAUAUGUGUUUCGGCCUUUAUCUGUUUUUCACUUUUUUUGUUCUGCUUGGGAAAACCUCGGGCGCGAGCUACCUUUCGAAGUAAAUACGAUACGUAGGCUUCCAAGUUCACCUAGUCUAAGUAUGAGCCAAGAUUUUGUUGAUUUUGUAAAGCUACAAUACGCGCAUAGUAUUACAAAUGCUGGAAGUAUAUAUGAUUCAUCUAGAGUUAUAGAAGAGAAAUUUCUUAAAUUACUUGAAAAAGAAGAAAUUUCAGGGAAAAACCAUUGGGCCGUUGGCCCAUUUAAUCCCAUAGAGAUCGGGACUGAUGACCCAAAGACGGAUCACCAUAUCCGUCAUAAAUGCUUACAAUGGCUGGACAAGCAGCCUGCAAGCUCUGUGAUUUACGUAUCGUUUGGAACUACAACUACGUUCACAAAUGAGCAGAUCACAGAGCUUGCCAUUGGAUUGGAAAGAAGUGAGCAAAGAUUUUUGUGGGUGUUGAGGGGUGCAGAUAAAGGGGAUGUGUUUGACAAAGACGGGCCACGGGUCAUGUUGCCCGAAGGAUUUGAAGAAAGGGUCAAGGGUCGAGGGUUGGUUGUUAGGGAAUGGGCGCCCCAAUUGGAAAUAUUGGGUCAUUUGUCAACAGGCGGGUUUGUGAGUCAUUGUGGAUGGAACUCAUGUAUGGAAGCAAUGACAAGAGGGGUCGUGAUUGCUGCAUGGCCGAUCCAUACAGAUCAGCCAUACAAUGCGAUUUUGUUAACGGACGUUUUAAGGAUUGCGGUCGUGAUGAGAGAUUGGGUGUCUAGAGACGAGUUGUUAACGUCUGUGGCGGUGGAGAAGGUUGUUAGGAUGUUGAUGGAGUCAGGGGAAGGGCAGGUGAUAAGGAAGAGAGCGGCGGAAUAUGGUGGUGAGUUGCGGAGGUCAAUGUUGGAAGGCGGUAUUGGUCAUAAAGAAUUGAACUCACUCAUUUCGCAUAUUCGAGGUAGAGAUAUGGAAUCGGAAUCUUAGUUGUAAUCUCGUGCAUUAAUGUUGUAUCCUAGAAUAAAAUGUUGUCCUAAUUCCUUAAACUAACAUGGGUUUUGUGAAGACAAAAGUCCUUUACGGUAGUUAAAAAUGUACUCAUUAAAAGUUUAAGGCUUUAGGCUAUGUACUAAUCCUCGCCAUAGGCUCAUAGGAUCCUUAAGAGGCAAUUAAGUAAAUUAACACAAUGCCAUGCGCACUUGUCCGGCCCAUCUGUUUAACGAGUCAAACACCGUUAAGGUGGGAGUACUUCAUUUCUCUUUAGCUCGCUUGUUUCUAGGAAGACGAGUUGAAUAAACAUGUGUGUGGGAUGUUUAAUUGAUUAAUGAUUUAAUCGUUGUAGAUUGUAAACUA